AAGAAUAUGUCCUUCCUGGUGCCCCGUAGUACGACGUCAUCAGAAAGAGACUGUUGAACACAGCGGCUUCUGGGUUUACUAUGGCAUGGUGAAGAGCGUUUCUGAAUUCCUGACCUUCAAUUAAUUGUUUGAUCCAAACCUAAAGCAGGUUUUCUGAAAUUCACGCGAUAUGUCCGUGAAACACGCGUCUGUCCACGCAAAAUGGGUCAUUGGCAGAGUCAUUGGAACGAAGAUGCAGAAGACCGCUAAGGUGCGCGUGACCAGGCUGACGCUGGACCCGUACCUUCUCAAGUACUACAACAAAAGAAAGACGUACUUUGCACACGACCCCUUGGAGCAGUGCACUGUGGGAGACAUAGUCCUGCUGAAGGCCUUGCCGGAGAGGAGGACCAAACACGUGAAGCAUGAACUGGCAGAUAUUGUGUACAAGGUGGGGAACGUGGUGGACCCACUGACGGGGAAGAGGGUGGCAGGAACCACUUUCCUGGAGCCCCCCUGGGACGGCACGCAGGCGUCAGCCGAAUCUCUGACUGAGAAACUGCAGGAAUUAAACAUCACAGCCUCGGAAUCUCCAAAUCACUGAUAGCUGGAAAUACCCCACCCUACCGUGCCCUGUGAAAUAAAUGUAUUUUUUAAUGUGUGUUAUGCGACUUCAUUGUCAUGAACUGUUGAGCUUCCCACGCAAGUCUUUGUCACACGAUUUCAGAGAUCAGAUUAAAAUCAGUGCAGUACAGUGUGUUGGUUGUGCUGAACUGGGUAAAGACACCAUUUCAAAUAUCGCCAUGGUGAUUAAACGACCAUCUGCUUCUUCCCGGUAGCACCUUCCUUGUUCGAAGUAGAAUUACAGUAAUAAAUCCUUCGGGUGAAAACU